AUGCGUCCUGAGCAGGCUUCCCUGUGGUACCGGCGGCUGUCUGUCGUUUACGCAGUAGGCGCCUGGUCGGUGCUGGGCACGGCGGUUUUCUUUACACGGAACCGGACAUCAGGUGAUGGGGAACAGCAAAAGGAUGGCUCAAGGAGUAAAACACAUGCUUUGACAAGUGAAGUCUCUGACUUAGAAAGGGAAAUAAAUGAGCCCAUUGAAGGGUCUUAUGUGCAAACAUUUGUACACUAUUCAGAAAAAUCCGUUCCGGUUAUUCAAAGGAUCCUGGAUUAUCUGAAGUCAUGGACUGGUGGGCCUGGGCCAGAAUCAUGAUCAGCUGCUGAAUUCGGAAAACAAGGACUUGGCUCGGUAUUGGAUAGAUGCCUUGUUUACCAUUUCGUGUUUGUGGAAAAAAUGUUUUUAAUUUGAUUUUGUAAAAUAUAAUCGUUAAUAAUG